AUGUCUUUGCAAACCCAGGAGAAACGCCGCCAGAUCACACAAGACAUACCGGUAAAACGGUUUCGGGUAUCAAGAGCUUGCGAUCAGUGUCGCAAUGCCCGCGAGAAAUGUGACGCGAACCAGCCCAGCUGCUCUCCCUGUCUGGACGCCAAGCGCACGUGUACAUACACGUCAAACCCGAAGAAGCGAGGGCUCCAGCCCGGCUACAUACGCAGUCUUGAAAUGACACUGGCCUUCAUUUUCCAGCAGCACGCUGAGAUUGAGACUUCAGUACACGAGCAACUGGCCCAGGAGAAUACGGUCUUGCUAGCGAGGGGUACUAAGGACUCGAAUCGUUUACACAAGAGCUGGACCAAGAGCAGAUUUUGUCGAGAUGUUACCAAAGCAUUGUCCGGAGAGCAGAUAGGAGCAAGCGAGGACAGGCCGCCAAGUUCAGACGAAGAUAGCGAGGUGGACACCGAAGAUGCCACGCUUCUCCAGAUGACACCUAAAGCUCAGUCUCAGCAUUCGGUACUAGCCCUGAUUGACUAUCUUGAUGAGUACUGA